AUGUCAACAGACUCCAUAAUUUUCAUGAACUUCAGCAUGCGUUGCUUUAAAUUUAUUUUCAUCUACUUUAUAACAAUCUACGUGUUAGAGAGUUUAAUUGAACGUACUGACUAG